AUGCCAACUAAAUUAAUUAUUCCACUUCAACAUUCAUUGGAUGAUUCAUCAUAUUUUUCUCAUUUAUUUCGUGAUAAAUAUCGAAUAAUAUUUGAAUUAAUUAUAUCUGCAUUAAAAUAUUUUUCAACAUUUCUAAUGUAUUCGGCGACUUUUCAAAUAAAAAGUUCGUCGGAUUCGAAAUUUUUCAUUCGAAAUAUGAAAUUAUUAAAUUCAACAAAUAAAAUAACGAUUGAUUUAAAUUCAGAACAUCAACGAACAGUUUUAAUAAAUGAAUUUUUCGGUGAACUCGAUGCUUAUAUCGAUGCAGUUGAAGAAAGUAUUGCAAUAAGACAAUUUUUUCAUAGUACUGAUCCAACAUUCCACGAUGGUAAAACCUUUCAUGUUCUCGUUCUCGUUCCAUAUCAACAUCAAUGGAAUCUCAUUCUCGAUGAUCUUUCACUCGGCUAUCAUCAUUUAUCGUACAUGCUAUCAUUACCAAUACCAAUCAUCAACAAUUUAUCUCUUGAUCUCUUCGAUUCUCUUCUUCAUAAUCGAAUAUCUUCCUUUGAUAAGCUUCUUCAAUAUCUAAUUCUUCUUCGUAAACGAAUUGGUUUGACAAAACGUUUAAUUCAAUCAAUAAAAUUUCUCUUUCAAAAUAAACAAUUCAAAGAAGAAUUAUUUUUCAAUUCGAAUUUAAAUCGUUUUAUUGAAACUUUUUCCGAUUUAUCUUUAUUCUCAUUCGAAUUUCUUAAUUUAUUUCGUAAAGCAAUCAGUUUAUUCAUGCCAUUAAAACUGAAUGAAAUUGUUAAAUUUUUGCUCAAACUUUCAAACAAAACUCUUCGUUGUUUAUUUAUCAAUAUAUUAAUUCGUUUUAUCUUCAAACCACGAGCAUUUUCAAGACAUAUUUUAUUAUCAACACUUUGUUCAAUAUUUUAUUUAUUAGUUCUUGAUGAAUCAUAUUCAAAUGAUUGUUUAAUGAGUGUUGCUUAUAAUAUUAUCAAACGAGUAAGAAAAAAUUCAUCAGAUAAGGAAAUUAUUGAAAAAUGUUUCAAAAUUCAUUUAAUUCCAAUGAUAAUUAACAUUUAUCGAGAGAAAAAAAAUCGAAUUUUACCAUUGGCUUUUAUUUUAAUUUAUGAAUUUUGUUUAAAUAUGUUGAAUUAUUAUUGUUCAACAUCGUUAACUUCAUCAUUUAAUGUUAUUUCAAUGAAUGAAGCAUUGUUGAUUUGUUCGUGUCAAUCGUGUUCAAAAUUACAAAUGUUUUUAAUUGAUUCAAAAAAUUCGACUUUAAUUUAUGAUUUAUCCGAAAACUUGGAAUCAGAUCAUUGUCUUCGGCAUACAUUAAGUAAAUUUCCAAUGUUAUCAAUGGAAUAUAAACAUGAUUCAUGUACUGGUCGAGAACAAACAUUGAUUAUUUCAAAAUGUUCUUAUGAACAAGAACUAAAACAAUUAUGUUUUCAUUUAAGAAG